AGAAAUCGUGGGGCCAGUGAUUAAAAAUGAAAAUAAUAAUAAAUAAAAUAAAAAGAUAAUAGUAUUGAAACCACUAGUGUCAGAAAUAUGAACUGGCUGAAUGACUUCUGUGCGGCUCUAUUGGAAUUUGCAUCUGCUGUCCACAAAUCUUUGAGCGACCGGAAGCAGAACGACAAAAGUCACGCGUCCGCAGAAUUGGUUUGUCUUUGCCUCACUCAGAUUAUUGUUUGUGUGCGGCAGGUAGAGUGCACAAUGAAACUGGCGUCUGGCUCUGCAGUUUCGGUCCCGAACUCUUCGAACUCCAAUCUCAAACUGAAAGCCAUGACACUGGAACAGGCGCUCUAUCAGCUAGAAGAUUUCAUUAAUGAUGCCUUGCUGCGUUUGGUGUUCACCUGCUUUUUAGAUUUUCGAAAGUUCUCAGUGGACAAAAUCCGCACCCUUCUGAAGAGCAGUUCGGAUAAUGACGCUAUAGCUGAUGAAUUCAUUGCCGAUUUUGAUGUGAAUAUCGAUCGAGCCACCCAGAUUGGCAUUUUUGCAAUUGCCUUUGCCCCCAACUUGAAAAUGAAAAUGAUGAUGCGCAGCUGUCUGGCUUCCUUUGAGUCGUUGGACACCACCCUGAUACCUUCCCUGCAGGCCAACGGUUCCAACCUGCACUCCGACGUUUUGGAGCAGCACUUCAACGAGGAAGUGGCCAAGUUUAAGGCUACUCUGCAGGAGAUCAUUGACUGUCGCGCGUUUCUUGGCUGUUGUUUGGAGAUACUCACGUCCGGCAUUAGUGCUGCCGAAAAGCACUACGAAAAGGUCCCAUUAGAGGACUUGCUGGAAAUGGCCCUGUUCGUGCUAGAGCAUUUUCAAGUGGAAGUCAAUCGAACGGUUUUGGCUGAAGCAAAGCUUCAGAUCGGGCAGGAUUACUUGCAACAGUUCAUCCGAAUACUACGCUAGUGCAAGGCCAUUCUGAUGUGAGCGUCCCAGGUGGAGCCAAAACGUAUCAUCAAGCGCUUCAAGAUCCUGCGGACGAUUUAGCGCAAGCUUCAUGGCUGUAUCGAAGCUUCAAAGUAUCGUGAAGAGGGGCCCGACGACUUGGAAUCCUAUUUAAUGGACGAAUCCCAAGAAGAACUGACUGAAACAGUCAGCUUUUUACCCAGCUUGUCGGGCAUUGCGACUAGUCAAGGCAGCAUCCUCUACGACACAGCGCGUAGGAGGAGAUUGGCUAGAACCCACGAUACAAGGCCUAAAGAAAGUUAUCAUCAAAACAUAAAGUCAGCCUAUUACAGUGUGCGCCGCCGAGAAAGUCUGCGCACUGUUAUGUUUAAGCGACAAAAUAUGGCGGAAAGCAAACGCAUUUAUACCACAAUCAGCAACCAAUCCGCAAACCUCCAGAUAACUGAUAUACUCGAACAACUCACUGGAAUGUCAACUGGUGUCUUUGAAUGCUGACGCGGACCUUCCGUCAUCAGAUUGUAAAUAAUUGAAAAUAGUCUUAAGCACUCCGUAAUCGAAGGCUCACGAUUUGAAUUAACGUACAUCACAAGCUAAAUGCCUUUGGGCAGGUGCGACGAGUACAGGGAGACAUAUGUAGAUAUGUAUGGAGAUAUGUAUGGAGUUUUGAUGGUGGAGAGUGUUUUAUCCGAAACAGUGGUUUGGCUGUUGCAAAAAUAAAGCAAUAAAAUAAGUUAAGAAGAUAAGAAGUACAUUCGGUUGUACAACGGAGUAGCAGUGCUCUUUUGGCAUCUAAAGGCUGCCCAAUCGAAAGAUGUGAAGCCGUGUGUUCGCAGUAGUCCCUAUCGAUUUUCCGACUCGAACAGAAGAACGACUUUAAUCAUUGGUACACACUUACAGCUAUUGUUGAUAGU